AUGGUCAAGGUGGAAGUUAUUUUCCUAGCUGUAAUGGCAUCCGUUUGCCUAUGGUGCGUUUUGGCCCAUUCUCCUCCGGUGGUGAUAGAUAAACGUGUGGUGCUUUCGUCCGUCUACGAUGCGAUCAAAGGGAACAGCGUUGCAACCGUUGGAGAGGAUACGCGAAAUAAACGAAACGUGCGAUAUUACACAUAUGAUGAUCCGCAAAAUGAUGAUUUAUAUCCUGGCUAUGGUGAAAUUGUACACCCCCCACAAUCAGGACCGGCGCAAAAACAGUGCAAACCGGAACCAUCUCCGGCAGUGCAGUCCAUCAGCAUUUCCGAUCACACCUGGAUCGGUAUCGGGACGUCGAUCAUUCACCUGCUCAAGUAUCUGAUCGCGGGAUUAGCCGUGCUGACGCUUCCGGUGCUGUUACUGCAAGCGUUCAUUUUACCGUUGAAAAUUCUGGUCGGAUUAAAAUCGGUUGCCGUAGCGAAUACGCUUGUGCUCGGUACGUUCCUGUGGAAGUAUCUCAAUCGACACCGGUUAAGAGGAGAUGAAGACGACGACGACGAUGAUGGGGAUCAGCAACCGGGUUCUGGUGCACCCGGAACAAUCGAUGCCGGUGGAGCUGGAUCGUUGGCUAACGGGAACGAUAAUCGGUUCUUUCCCUUCCGGGCAGAAGAUUUUGAAAACAUGACUGAGGAAGAGAUUAAAACAGCCUUAAAAUUGUUGCUUAAACGAAAUAAACGAUGGUGA